AUGGACUUUAAUGAUAAUGAAAUUCUAAAGCAGUACUGUGCUAACAAUCCAAAAAAUCGUUUUUAUGACGCUCCAAUCCCUCCUCAUCCCCCGUCUCUUAAUAUAUUGUCAAUGGAAAGAAACGCUCGGCAUUUCUUCGAAUUUACUGAUAAUGCUGAUAAUUAUGAUGCAACAAAAAGAACAACAAACUUUACGAGAAAUAAUUGCGUAUCAGACCGAAAACAGCUUUUUGCUCUGACAGGUACAAUACUUUCACACUGCACUGUUUUGGUGUCCAAAUAUCGGCUAAAUAGCGACCUUUCUUUUACUGGGAUUGAUGAAUUGUUUGGAGCCUAUUUGGCAACGUUAAAAUCGCAAAAAGAAGCAAAAUUGAAGAAACCUUUCGCGCCAUCAUCUACAACACCCAGUCAGCUGCGAACACUUGGUCCUGCCUACACUACAAACGGCUUAAUCAGCCAAAUACAAAAAGUGCAACCAACUGAUGUGACGUCAGUUCUUCCUACGUCAAGUUCAGUGGCACCACGUAAUCGUUUACAUAUAAUCUCAGUGUGGCGUUCCGCCGGACUUCAAACCCUGCGUCCCACUGGAAGAAGCAAACAGAAGGCUGCUAGCCUGUUGCCAGUCGAAGUUUCUUCCGCCAGGAUGUUUGAACCUUUGCAGCUACAAUAUUUCACAAAAAAAAGUAACGCUAAACAUCAAAACCCUAAACGCUUUAUCCAAAAAGUUGCUAGUUUGCCACCCAAAAGCUCAUCGCCUAACCUCAAAAGAGACAAAAAAAAUUUGAUGAAUUGGUUUGGUGAUACACUGAGCUAGUU